AUGCUGACCCCUAAGACCAUUGGUGAAAGUGAAACAAACAGGGAUAACGAUGAUGGUGAUGGGCUCUUUGAGUUUGAGGAAGAAUACACUCAAGAUAGGCUUUUAAAAUCAAAUGCAAUAUUUAAAGAAUCUACACCAAUUCUGCAUUUAUGGUACAUGAGGCUUUAUGUUAUGAUGCAAGUUAGAUGGCAAUUUGGGUUGCUGAAGGAAAAGUGGGAUUACAGACAAGUCUCUUGGAGGAGGAGAAUACCUAAGGCAUUGUUGGUUGUAUCUGUGAAUGCUCAGGAAGGGGCAAGAGAUGAAUUAUGGUUGACUUGGAAUAAGAGGGAUCUAUGGAUCUCCUAUUUGGUGCAAUUGCUGAAGUUUUGCUUUGGACAGAAGACCUCUGAGGACAAAGUUUGUAGCACAUCUCUAGGUGCUACAAUAAAAACUGGUGGGGCAAAGAAGAAAAGAAGUUAA